AAGACGUGUACACCAGAAUUUAGUGCAACCUGUACUAUGUAGUACAAUCCACUUGUUCUUAUAGGCAAUUUGGCCAUCAAACUGUCCAAGUGCAGUGAGGUAAAGUUAGAUAUUUAGAUAGAUCUUAUCUUUUUUACUAAUUAGUAAAUAAAGUUUUGAUCACAUGCAUAAUUCAUUCACUUUCGAGGCGGCUUCAUUCUUUAGACUAAUGAUCAAAUUAUUCUGACAAAAAAUAAAACACAAAAGCACUGAAAAUUGAUAUUCCUUCUGAUCACAUGGAAACAUCCAUUGGAAAAACUUGCGAGCUGCCAAAACCAUUUGAUCUAUAGGCUGGUCACUUUACACUGCAUACCCUUCACCUGAACCUAUAAAUACCACCUUUGGCCCUCACACUGCCUCACACCAAUACCAUAUAUUCUCUCUUAGCUCCCUCCAUAUUGUUCCCUUAUUCCUCUGAUCAUUUUCUAAGCUCUUUAUCAUCAUCAUGGGUGUGUUCACAUACGAAACCGAGUUCACCUCAGUCAUCCCACCACCUAAGUUGUUCAAGGCUUUCGUCCUUGAUGCCGACAACCUCAUCCCCAAGAUUGCCCCUCAGGCUGUGAAGAGUGCCGAAAUCGUUGAAGGAGAUGGAGGUGUUGGAACCAUCAAGAAGAUCCACCUUGGUGAAGGAAGUGAAUACAGCUAUGUGAAGCACAAGAUCGACGGAAUCGACAAAGACAACUUUGUGUACAACUACAGCAUCAUUGAAGGAGAUGCUAUCGGAGACAAGAUUGAGAAGAUCUCCUAUGAGAUUAAGUUGGUGGCAUCCAGCGGAGGUUCCAUAAUCAAGAGCACCAGUCACUACCACACCAAGGGUGAGGUCGAUAUCAAGGAAGAGCAUGUUAAGGCCGGAAAAGAUAGAGCCGCUGGUCUGUUCAAGAUCAUUGAGAACCAUCUCUUGGCCCAUCCCGAGGAAUACAACUAAAACUGUUGAUCUCUGUGAUCAGAGGCAACAACUAAAACUGUUCUUCAUAUCUCUCUGUUUAUUGGUGUGAUGGUGUGCCUUUCAUUUUCCCCUUUUCUCUUGUACCAAGCCAAAGCUUGCCUCUUUGGGGUACAACAAUGCUGUAUUUGAUUCCACUCUAAAUAAAUAAAACAAAAAUAAUUUGAAAUAAA